AUGGGUAAAGCCAAGAAAGAAAAGAACAGAAUUUCUAAAGAACAAAAUAAAAAUGGGGGUGGUCCGGCGAAAGGUAACCUGAAAGUAAAGGGUGAGAAUUUUUAUCGGGACGCUAAACAAGUGAAGUUUGUUAAUAUGCUCAAGGGAGGAAAGCCGACUAGAAAUUCUAAAGGAAAGAUCGUUAAGGAGGCACCUUUUCAGAGUAAAUUGGCCCUUGCUGCUAAAGUGCAACCGGAUAGGCGAUGGUUCGGGAACACUAGAGUCAUCGGACAAAAGGAAUUGGAGGCUUUUCGAGAAAGUCUCGGUUCAAAAGUCAAUGAUCCAUAUCAAGUGUUACUUCGACAGAAUAAAUUGCCCAUGAGUUUAUUAUCCGAUGCAUCAAAGGUAUCGCGAAUGCACAUGGUUGACACAGAGCCAUUUUCUGAUACAUUUGGUCCAAAGGCGCAAAGAAAACGACCAAAGUUGAAAGUUGAUUCAUUGGAAGAUUUAGCAGCUAGUACAACUGAAUUAUUAGAAAAUUAUGAUGACAAGAAUGAUCCAUCACUAUUGUCUAAUAAUGUAACUGAUUGGAUCGACGAAGCUAGGGAUAGCGUAUUCUCCAAAGGUCAAUCCAAGCGUAUCUGGAAUGAGUUAUAUAAGGUUAUAGAUUCAUCAGAUGUUGUUAUUCACGUUUUGGAUGCACGGGAUCCAAUUGGUACGCAAUGUAAAAACGUUGUAAAAUAUAUAAAAAAGGAUGUUAGUCAUAAACAUUUGGUUUUCCUGUUAAAUAAAUGCGAUCUGGUCCCAACUUGGGUUACGGCAAAAUGGGUUUCGAUAUUAUCAAAGGAAUAUCCGACUUUAGCAUUUCAUGCUAGUAUAAAUAAUUCUUUUGGUAAGGGAUCCUUGAUACAAUUAUUAAGGCAAUUUUCCGCUUUACAUUCGGACAAGAAGCAAAUUAGUGUCGGGUUUAUUGGUUACCCAAACACUGGAAAAAGCUCAAUCAUAAACACUUUAAGAAACAAAAAAGUGUGUAACGUUGCUCCGAUCCCUGGCGAAACGAAGGUAUGGCAAUACAUCACGUUAAUGAAACGUAUCUAUUUAAUAGAUUGUCCGGGAAUUGUACCACCAUCAUUGGAAGACAGCGAAACAGAUAUUGUACUUAAAGGAGUUGUACGCGUUGAAAAUCUAAAAACUCCCGAAGAUUACAUUCAAAAAAUACUAGAAAUAGUACGAAAAGAAUAUAUACAACGUACUUAUGAAGUACGUGAAUGGACAGACCAUGUAGAUUUUCUUGCGCGUUUAGCACAAAAAUAUGGUAAAUUAUUAAAAAAGGGCGAACCUGAUUUGGGCACCGUAUCUAAAAUGGUUCUGAAUGAUUGGCUACGUGGUAAAAUACCAUAUUUUACCCCCCCUCCACGAAAUGAUGAUGACGUUGAUGAGAUUAAAAAUGCCGAGCAAGUUAAAGAGGAGGAAGGGGUUGCCGAGAAAAUUUCUGAUAAUUCAAAGGAAAAGAAAAAGGAAUUAAAAGGAGUAGAACAAAAUUUCCGUAAUAUAAAGAAUAAAGUUCAAGAAGAUAAGGAUAUACCUGAUUGGGAUGAGAUAUUUGAAAGUGUGGUUGGUGAAGAAGUGUCUAGCAUUAUGAACGCCAAAGUUGAGAAUGCUAACGAAGAUGAUGAUGCCGAAACAUUAGCCGAUGAAGAUAUAAGUGAGUUGCAUUUGAAAACUGAUGAGUCCGACAAAGAACAAAAUGAUGAUGAAGACGACGAAUCAGAUGAGGGGGAAGAUCACGAUGAUGAUACUUUGUAUCAAGAGGAGUCAUCGCACAAAGGAAAGAAUAAGGCUGAAAACGUAAUAAAUAAGUCAAAAAAGAACAAGCGUGGUAAAAGAAAAGGGACGCAUGAUGAUGAUGAAGUAACAAUAUCCAAAAAAGAACCGCGUAUGAAAACUAAUAAGAGAAAGAUUGGGGUGCAUUUUUAUGAAACUGCUAAUGUCAAAAAUCGAAAUAGAAAGAAAGUUAAGCCGCAAGAUAUUACAAAGUUAGCUAAAAAAUUUAAAAAUAUGGGGAAUAAAAAAUAA